AUGGACUUCGUGAUACCGCUGCCCCGGUUCGCCCGGGGAAAUACGGCAUUUCUUCUGUUCCAGUGCGCGUCCUCGGGGUUCAUCAUGUGCAAGACCAUGGCGAGCACCGAAGCCCAAGACGUGUCCGAAGCCUAUGAAGAGUGCGUGUUCCGGAGGUUCGGGGCCAGUGAGAUGAUCCGUCACGACCGAGACCCGCGCUUCAUGGGUCGGGUGUUCAAGCACUUUCGGGAGAUGCUCGGGAGCAGGCAACGCGCCACUCUAGCUUAUCGUCCCCACGCCAACGGACAACAAGAGCGGUCGGUGCAAACAGUGAUCCGGAGUGUUAAGGCGUACGUGCAGACUGUGGACCAAAGCGACUGGGAUGAGCUAGCCGAAAAACUCAUGUGGGCGCUGAACACCUCCUUCGACGUCACCCGACUCGACACGCCGUUUUACCUGGUGAACGGUUGGGACACCCAAGGUACCGUCGAAGCCAUGAUGGGAGACGUCCCCCGAGACGUGCAGCUCCGGGACGCCCAGGAAUGGCGCACCAAGGUGCAACGCCAGGUGGAAUACGCGAGGGCCUGGGCCCGGGACCUCCAAGAAAAAGCCAAGAAGCGCCGGGCCGAGGACCAUAACCGCAAGUGGAAGCAGCUUACAGACCGACUGAAAGAGGGUUUCGAGGUCGGGGACUCAGUAUGGCUGUACCUAGCCCGACUUGCGCAUCUCUGGCACGGCCCGUUCCGGAUCCGGGAAAAAGGUAGUGACUUCCGAUACCGCCUCCAGGUCGAGGGUACGGAAUACCGGUUUCACCCCUGGGUCCACGUUAGCAGGCUGAAACCCCGAGCGAAAUACCCGGAGCGGCCUUCGGGAACCAUAGACAUCCCCGAAGACGAUGACUUCGACGCUGCAUUUCUCCGUGAAGAUAGUUGGGAACCUGAUGAAGGUUCCGGGGAGUACGAGGUUGAAGCUAUACUCGACGUGGGCUGGGUCACCCGGACCCGCACUAGCCGGCGCGUCAAAGAAUACCUUGUGAAAUGGAAAGGCUACGAGGCUCCAGACUGGAUUCCCCAAAGACGCCUCAACUGCGGGAGACUGCUCUACGAGUUCGAUCAAGGAGAGCGAGCCCGCGUGCGUUUCCACGCCAUGCAGUCUGGAGACGAGCUCCUGGACGAAGAGGUCCGGUAG